AAUUCUUGCAAGAAGCUGCCUGCCACCCGGGGAGGCUACGUAGCGACGGUUUAGGGACUGGCAUUUAAGGAAUCGUAUUUCAGUGGGUGAUGAUGAUGGAGAGGACAAGCAGCAUGAUCCCGCUUUACAGACAAGAAAGUCUUAGAGAGGGACGCGACUUCUACAGAGGCUCUGCAAAAACCCGCAGGAGCGUGGGAAGGCCCAGGCCCGCUGUCAAAGCAGCCUAGCAACGGACCAACGAAUCUGACAGAGAGCGAGGGCGGGGACGGCGCCGGAACCGCAGGGGCGGGGCCCUCUGACGCGACAUCACGUUUUCCCUCGCCGGCGGCCCAUUGGUUACCCAUUACUACCCCUUUUUCGGGCAGAGAAAACUGGUCACAGCACGGGAAGCGCGGUAGCUCUCGGGUGGAGACAACGGUGCCGUUUAAGGCAGAACGAGCCACCUGGUGCCACUGAAGCCGGCUAGACUCUCCGCUCGGGUUCCUGCCCAAGUUGGAGACCUCCAAAAUCCUGGUGGUCUAUGGAAGGACGCUGAGUCUGACGGUGAAGAUACAGCGUCCGACGAAACAGCCGAGCCACUAAGGGCCACCGGAAACCCCGCCCCUAGGAGGAGUCAGAAAGCUUCGCGGUGGAGGCGUGGACCCAGAGUACUGCCUUGGGGCGGAGCACCCACGCCAUGGCUACGCCCCCGGGAGCGGGUCCGGCUGCUCUGCGCUUUGCAGCCGCUGCCAGCUGGAUAGUCCUGCGCAGACGCUGCGUGGAACAUUUCCCACGAGUAUUGCAGUUUCUUCAGUCCCUGCGUGCUGCCGCCCCUGGUUUGGUUCGCUACCGUCACCACGAACGCCUGUGUAUGGGCCUAAAGGCCAAGGUGGUGGUGGAGCUGAUCAUCCAGGGCCGGCCUUGGGCCCAGGUUCUGAAUGCCCUGCAUCACCACUUCCCAGAAUCUGGACCUGUAGUGCGGGAUCCUAAAGCGACAAAGCAGGAUCUCAGAAAGAUCUCGGAGGCACAGGAGGCCUUUCGCCAGCAGGUGAAGCACCUGGCAGAAGCCCCUGUGGAUUUGGCUUGGAAGUUGCAGGAACUUGAACAAGAGUAUGGGGAACCCUUUCUGACUGCUGUGGAAAAGCUAUUUUUUGAAUACUUGUGUCAGCUGGAAAAAGCACUGCCUGCACCACAAACUCAGCAGCUUCAGGAUGUGCUGAGUUGGAUGCAGCCUGGAGUUUCUAUCACUUCUUCUUUUGCUUUGAGCCAGUAUGGUGUGGACAUGGGGUGGCCACUUCCAGAGUGCUCUGUUACUAAUUCAGUGAACAUGACAGAGCCCAUGGAGCCAAGUCCUCCUCAGCAACCAAGACCAGCACUCCACCAUCCUCUGCCAAAAGCCAAGCCUGGCCCAUACCUUCCUCAGGGACCAGCCUCAAGGAAGCACCCAGAACCUUUGGUUGGCCACUACUUCAAUCUGGCCCCUCUAGGCCAGCGAAGAAUCCAUUCCCAGUGGACAAACACUAGGGUAGGCAAUAAGGAGCGCCCCACAGCCAUGCUAUUACCCUUUAGGAAUCUGGGUUCACCAACUCAGGUCAUAUCUAAACCUGACAACAGAGGAGAACAAGGGACACACGUGGCAGUUCCAGCAGGUGACGUCCACACGAGAGCAGUCCCCACUGGAAAGUCUAGGAGUCCACCCCAGACCCUGGGCGGAAGGGCUGUGAAGGAGAACCCAGUUGACUUGUCUGCCACGGAGAAAAAGGAGAAUUGCUGGGAUUGCCCCCUGGAGCCCCUGACACUGUCACAGUCAUCUCCUAGGGCCAGGAAGCCAGUGUGUCCUCCAUCUCUGUGCAGCCCUGUCAUUACCAUAGGGGACUUGGUUUUGGACUCUGAUGAGGAAGAAAAUGGCCAAAGGGAAGGAAUGGAGUCUCUGGAAAACUAUGAGAAGACAAAGUUUCACACCCUAAUCCCCACCUUCUAUGAAUACCUCCCCACUUCUAGCCCCAGUGCUGUGUCUGUCCCUUCCCAUGACCAUAUAGACUCCUCUAAUAGGACUGGAAUGCCAUCUGCAUCCUGCCUGUCUUCUUCCCCCUCACCUCUACAGGCAGUUUAGUGGAAAUAAAGUGGAAACCCAAGCUUGGGUUGCCUAACUACAUUGUCCAUAUCACUUUGUAAUGCUUGGUGAUUAAACUUUGGAUUUGUUAAAACACUGUGUUGGUAUGAAGGAGGGGGAAUUAAGGCUUCUGUAAGGUCAGUGUAGAUCAUUUCUUAGAAACAGAAGUGGACUCUCCAGGUCUAAAAGAAUUCCUUUGCCUUUUUACUUCCCUUGGAAAGUGUUCAGAAGUGCCAGAAAGAUUACCAGGGCUAAGAAUCUGGACAAGAAAUCUCCUUUUGCUAUUCUGAAAAUACCUAUGUCUUGAUACCAGAAUACACCUGUAAAUCCUCCUGUUGCCAAGUUACCGGGGCGGGGCACGAGUGGUACUUGAAUGGAGUUGCUUCGUGGGAAAAGUACUCUGUCAUCGACUCCACUGGGUCAGUGCCACCUCCACCUCUACUUGCCCUGGAGCAGCACCCAGAUGUCAGGCUUGUGCAGAAAGCCCCAGAAUCUCUUUACAGUCACUGGGAUCUCUCUUUAUAGAGAUACUUAAAUUUAUAUAAACACUUCUGAGCUUUUUAGAUAUUCAAAGAUCCUAUUUAAUGAACCUGAUUAGCAAAACACGAUUCUAAAAGCUUAAAGACCAUGGUCAUAUAUAAAACACUUGCAUAUGAA